AUGGGAAAACGAACCAACAAGAAACUCCGGAAGUGCGAUCCAGUGCCACAGGGGACGGUUCUUACCGAUUCGCAAAAGGUCCAGUGGAAAGUAGGACCAUUGAUCGGUUCCGGUGGGUUCGGUGACAUAUACUGUACCCACAAUGCGAACGAACCAGUCCCAGCGCAAACCGAGAACUACCCGUUUGUGGUCAAAAUUGAACCCCACGAAAAUGGGCCCCUCUUUGUGGAGAAGAACUUUUACCUGAAGCACUGCCAACCUGGUGCCCUCGAACUUUAUCGAAAGCAACGCAAACUGAAGCACCUUGGUGUGGCGCACUACAUCAGCAGUGGAUCGCAGGAGGUGCUAGGUGUCAAGCAUCGCUAUCUGGUAAUGCCACGGUUCGGUGAAAGCCUUCAGACACUUUUCGUGCACCAUAGUGAGUGUCUGCCGCUGCGCAUCGUCUACCGGGUAGCGCUCCAGAUACUGGACGUACUGGAGUUCCUCCACAGCUGUGGGUACGUGCAUGGGGAUCUGAAGCCGGCGAAUAUUCUUGUCGGAUUUGGCCCGACAGGUCAGGAUCGGGUGUACUUCAUCGAUUACGGAAUGGCCGCUCGUGCCGUUGUCGAUAGGGAGCUUGUGCCGGAUCUACGCAAGAAACACAACGGAACGCUCGAGUACUGUUCGCGGGAUGCCCAUCAGGGUGUUCCGACGUGGCGCGGUGAAUUGGAGAGUCUGGCGUACAACCUCAUCCACUGGGCCGGCGGAAUGCUACCAUGGAAGCUGCUGCAAGAUUGCACCAAGGUGCAGCAGAUGAAAGGCGCAUCCAUGAAGGAUGUGGUUGGUUUGGUGAGAAGUUGUUUUGUGAAAAGAGUAGCCGGACCUCCGGUGGCCAUUGGCGAAUUGUUGCAGCUCGUGAAUUCUUUGCAUCCCAAUGAGCAUCCUGACUAUGCCGCUUGUGUUGGAAUUUUUGAAAAUGGCUUGAAAGUGCUUGGUGUUCCAAAUAGUGGACCUAUUGCCGUAGGUAACUAUGAUAUUUCGGGAGAAGGCUUAAACGCAUCUGGAACGCCGAGAAAACGCAGGAAAAUCGAAGAUUUGCCCAAAGCGUCGCCAUCUCGAAGGUCCACCAGAUUGCUAGAGCAGAGCAAGUCAAGCUCGAUGAUCUAGCGCCAUUCAAUAGCAACAUCCCGGUGCACUGGUGCGAGUUCGGAUUGUUUCAUCGCGUGAUAGGCCACCGGAUAAUAGAUUAAGUCCCGAUGAGCAGGAAGAUAAAUUCAUAUUAGUAAGUGUGGGGGCUUUCGAACUAUAAACGCAUUCAACCGGAGGCUGGCUGCCAAUUUGCU